UCCCUUUCGCGUCGUAUGUUAUGGUAUCCCUCCGCCGCAGUCCGAACAAAACAGUAGCCCAACUAGCUAGCGUUGUCGACGAAUUACUAUUUGAGAAAUCCCAGUCGGAUAUCUCAGAUAUACUUACCGACAGCCUGUCAUUCGUUUGACAAUGAAGUUUCAAUACAAAGAGGAGCACCCAUUUGAGAAGAGACGGUCUGAGGGCGAGAAAAUAAGGAAGAAGUAUCCGGACAGGGUACCCGUAAUUGUGGAAAAAGCCCCCAAAGCAAGGAUAGGAGAUCUGGACAAGAAGAAAUACCUUGUGCCCUCUGACCUCACAGUGGGCCAGUUCUACUUCCUCAUCCGAAAACGAAUCCACCUGCGGGCCGAGGACGCCCUGUUCUUCUUUGUAAACAACGUCAUUCCUCCCACCUCAGCCACCAUGGGCCUUCUAUACCAGGAGCACCAUGAAGAGGACUUUUUCCUCUACAUUGCCUACAGUGAUGAGAGUGUCUAUGGAGACAGCCAAACGGAAGUCUAAACCCCUCCCCCCGUCACCCAAGUCUUCUCCCCAAACCUCCCUUAUAUCCAUUGAAAUGCUAUAUCCAGCUCAGCAGCCUAGUUCCCCGAGCAAAGACGUCAGAUGCACUUUCCCUCCCCCUCAUCCAUCCAUUUUUACCUCUUUAAUACUCUUCGCACAGUCUGAAUUUUAUUUGCCUCCGGGUCUCUGAGAUGGGGACUUCGGUUGAAUGGUCCCGUGGCCAGUUUUCAUAGUGCUUUAAUCAUGCUGAAACGGAUAGAGGAGAGAUGCCAUUUUGAAACGAGUGUUAGAAUUAGACCAUAUUACCAGUCAUUAUAAAGAUACGUGGAAAAUAAAAAUGUAAACUUUGGAUGUAGCGUGAUAGGUUAAAUUCUGCUCCAUUUGGCAAUGAUAAAAUGUCAUGUUUACUAAUGUAUUAGCGCUGGUAAGAUACUCUGACGACAUAGUGUAUUUGACGUCUGACUGAGUAGUAUUCCGACUAAACCAUCUUCCGCCUGUCUCCGCUUUCAGUGGUUAAAAAAAAUAUUAUUUGGAUUGAUUACUAUUAUGAUUCUUUAUUAUUGUACUUGUAAUUUUUAGAUGGCUUAAUUUCUGAAAAGUAUUGUGAAGCUCAGUGCAAUUUUACUUUUAAAAGUUUUGUUCUACUUUAAAAAAGUUAGAACUCGGUAUAGCUGUUACUGGCACUCUCCACUCGUGAUAAAAUGUGCUGAAAAGCCAACUUUGUUUCCUG